AAUAAAUCGAGCCCGAGGCUGAAGUUGAAGAGGCCCAAUUCCAAAUUUCAGAUCGUACUGAGUGAUCACCCGAUUCCGUCUGUGUUUCGGCGAACGUUUGCGUAGUUAUAUUCGAUUUUCAGGCGGAGGAAAAGAAAAAGGUACUGCGUGUUGUGAGAAAUUUGAAGGAGAAAUUGAGAAAAUGGACCGUCAGACGUAUAAUUUCAUCCAUGACCGUGAUAGUCCGCCGCGGCUUCUUUUGUCGGAGCCCACUGGUUUCACUGCGGAGGUUCGUAGUGCUGUAGUAGGUGUUAUUGUUGUCGUUAUUUGUUUGUUCAAUCAAAACGUUUUCAUAGUCGAGUAUGAUUAUGUUGAUAAAUCUUUUGAAGUAUAGGUUCUGUAGUCUUUUGAUGGCAAGGUUUUUGUUGUUUCUUUUUCAUAUGAGCAUGCCACUGGUUUGUGGGGAGACCAUAUACGAGCCACUUCCGUGAUUUGUAGAUUGUGUGGUUAGUGGAAGGCGUGGACCAGUGAAAAACUUGGAUUCAAGUCAUUAAGGAUGACAUUGUAAAUAUGGAACUGCAAAACUUGGGACACAACACUUGUCCAUUUGGGUUUGAUUGUGUCACAGCACUAUUCGCGAUUGUUCUCUUAUAUGGUGCGCAAGUGGUUUCUUGGAAGAAUGAGAGAAGACAGGAGUUGCUAUUCUUGAGCAGUAAGGCUGUGUGGAAUGCGGCAAAAGCCAUAAGGGGUGGCAUACCAAUUUGCUUUCCACAGUUUUCCAAUCUUGGUACACUGGAGCAACAUGGAUUUGCAAGGAACAGAUUAUGGUCAGUUGACAACUCUCCUUCGCCUUUGCCUCCAAUCACUGCUCCGUCAACAGUAGAUCUCAUCUUGAAGUCCACAGAAGACGAUCUGAAGACUUGGCCGCACAGAUUUGAGUUGCGUAUACGUAUUUCUUUGAGUGCUGGCAAGCUCAUCUGGAUCCCUCGCGUGCGAAAUACUGAUAGCAAGCCUUUCUCCUUCACAUUUGCGCUGCGUAAUUACAUGCCUGUUUCUGAUAUCAGUGAAGUGCGAGUUGAGGGCUUGGAGACGCUUGAUUACUUUGAUCACUUGUUGCAAGGAGAAAGGUGUACAGAACAGGCGGAUGCAAUAACUUUCGAUGGUGAGCUCGACAGGGCCUAUUUAAGCACACCAUCAAAGAUAGCUAUAAUUGAUCAUGAGAGGAAAGUAACAUACGAACUCCGCAAAGAAGCCAUGCCUGAUGCAGUUGUGUGGAACCCUUGGGAUAAGAAAGCGAAAGCUAUACCAGAUUUAGGUGAUGAAGAUUACAAAACAAUGUUAUGUGUGGAUUCAGCAGUCAUUGAAAACCCAAUAGCCUUGAAACCCUGUGAAGAGUGGAGGGGCCGACAAGAGCUGAUAUACGUCUCCUCAAGUUACUUCAGCGGCCAACUGGAUCCUUCAAAAGUUCUUGGCUACAUGGCCAGAAAUUAACGCUGCACUCAUGUAAUAGGAGCCCUUUUGUCUGCACAUGACCACUUCUUGUUUAGCAUCUUAUAACUCCAUUACUAUACAUUGAGCUGUGCAUGCUUUUCAUAUAUGCUAAUCCUAAUUCAUGUUGAAUCACUCUCCUCAUCUGAGAUAUGAGGAGCAUCACUGCUGUAUUGACAUUCAUCAAGUUUGAAUAAGCUCCUCACUCUCCAUGUAUGAAUUCAACUA